CCUGCUGGAAGGGUCCUGGGUUUUACUUGGUGAACUUACCCAUCUUCAUCAAUGAUCAUUCUGAGAUGAGUAGGCUACUGUUUGUAGAUGAUGCAUCACCUUGGUUUCUACUUUUUGUCAGCUUGCACCUUGACACACGCAGAUAAUUUAAGCCCUGAGCGUAAAUCAUUUAUGUCUAGUAAUGGUAGAUCGAGCAAAGUCCUGAAAGUCUGGGACUUUGAUUAGCUAGCCCUACGUCUGUCCUGAAGAAAAUUGCUCAUGGAACCGUGGAUACAUGGAUGUGACCUGUUGCAGUUCAACUAGCCGAGUGGUGACAAUGUUACCGGACAAGGACGGACCAAGUGCUUUGGGUGGCGGGGUCCAGGGAGAUUUGGAGAUGGCUGAACACCCCUCAGUUUCCCUGUUCAGGGAGUAUCUCCGUCUGAAGACGGUCCACCCGGACCCUGACUAUGAUGCUGCUCUGAGGUUCCUGGAGAGGAUGGCGCAAAAGCUGGAGCUGCCCAUGAAGAAAGUGGAGAUGUGCCAUGGCAGGAUGCUAGCCAUCAUCACAUGGACAGGUACCAACCCAGCUCUGAAGUCCGUCCUGCUGAACUCGCACAUGGACGUGGUGCCUGUGUUCCAGGAUAACUGGAAGUACGAUGCCUUUGCUGCUGUGAAGGAUGCUGUGGGGAACAUCUACGGCAGGGGGACACAGGACAUGAAGUCUGUCACCAUCCAAUAUAUCGAAGCUGUCCAUAGGCUGAAAGCAGAGGGAAAGAGAUUCCCUCGGACUAUCCACCUCAUGUUUGUUCCAGAUGAGGAGGUCGGGGGUCAUAAGGGAAUGGAGAUGUUUGUGAAGCACCCAGAGUUUCAGGCCUUAAACAUCGGCUUUGCCUUGGAUGAAGGUCUGGCCAAUCCAAGAGAACCGUUCACUGUGUUUUACGGGGAGAGAUGUCCGUGGUGGAUCACAGUGCAGUGUCCCGGGAGUCCAGGCCACGGCUCCAGGUUUGUGGAGAACACAGCGGCAGAGAAGCUGCACAAAAUCAUAAACUCUUUCCUGGACUUCAGAGAACAGGAGAAAACACGGCUGAACACCAGCCAGUGCCUUACCCUGGGCGACGUCACCACUGUGAACAUGACGAUGGUGAAAGGGGGCGUGGCCUACAAUGUGAUCCCUGCAGAAAUGGACGUCACCUUCGACAUACGGAUUCCGCCCACCGUCAACCUGCAGGAGUUUGAAAAACAGAUCCAGCGCUGGUGUAAAGAGGCGGGAGAAGGCAUCACGUAUGAAUUUGCGCAGAAACACACAAACCAGGACAUGACAUCUACAGAGGACAGCGACCCCUGGUGGAAGGCCUUCAGCGCGACCUUCAAGACUAUGAACAUCAGUCUGGAGAAAGAAAUAUUCCCUGCAGCGACAGACAGCCGGUUCAUCAGAGCGGUGGGCCUCCCUGCCAUUGGCUUCUCCCCGAUGAACCAGACCCCCAUCCUGCUGCACGACCAUAACGAGUACCUGAGUGAGCAGGUGUUCCUGCGGGGCAUCCAGGUGUAUCAGGAGCUGCUGCCUGCUCUGGCCUCAGUGCCUGCCCUGCCCGGGGAGGUGUGAUCUCCCUCCCUCCGACCCUGUCUCUCCCUCCCCCUCACCCUCUCUCUCCCUCCCCCCUCACCCUCUCUCUCUCUCUCCCUCUCCCUCAUCCUCACCCUCUCUCUCUCCCUCCCCCCUCACCCUCUCUCUCUCCCUCCCCCCUCACCCUCUCUCUCUCCCUCCCUCCCACCCUGUCUCUCUCUCCCCCCACCCUCUCUCUCUCUCUCCCUCCCUCACUCACCCUCUCUCUCUCUCUCCCUCCCUCCCACCCUGUCUCUCUCUCCCCCCCACCCUCUCUCUCUCCCUCCCUCACUCACCCUCUCUCUCUCUCUCUCCCUCCCUCCCUCACCCCCUAUCUGUUCCUCCCCCUCCCUCACACUCUUCCCUCUCUUGUCUCCCUCUGCCCAGCGCCCCUCAACAUCCUAACUCAGGGCACAGGCCGUUUUGCCUCUUAACACACUCGCCACCAAUAAAGGAAUGUGAUCACAACACGUACGUGAUCACAGGAAUGUACCGAACAUGAUCACAGCAACAUAUACUGAUCACAUCAGUGUGCCUACUGUACUGAGCACAGUGAACAUGAUCACAUCAAUGUACUGAUCGUGUCGUCAUACUGAACAUGAUCAGAUCAAUGUACUGAUCAUGUCAUCAUACUGAACAUGAUCUCAGUGAACUUGAGCACUGCAGCUUACUGAUCAGAUCAAUGUACUGUACUGAGCACAGCAACAUACUAAGCACAUUGUACUCAAUCUUCUCAUAUCUUAAAUUAUGCAAUGCUACUUUGCUUCCCAAAGUCUUAGAUAAUGAUUGUAAGAGAUCUUAAGAUGGAUGACAAGGGUACUAGAGCUGCCAUUUAUAAAAGUGGCAUAUAAUCAUUAGUUGUGAAAAAUAUAUUUUCUAAUUUUACAUCUUUUAAAAAAUGAAAUUACUGUAAUAUGAUUUUUGUUGUAUUUAAAUUGACUUGAAUAAAAAGUUUACUUUUGAACUUCUGAA